AAAAUUUUUCGAGAAACAAGUGAUACAAAAGGUCGUUUAUUACACUGUAGGUUGAUAUAAUAAAUCGAUACUCUAAAAAAAAAGAAUCGAUUGAAACGUUUGUAACGAUCGUUAUACUUGUGAUAAUACUUGUUUUAGUAUUAAUAAAAUAACUUUUUUUAUAAAAUAAAUAAUAAAUAAAUGGAAGUUUUUAUAUUAUAAUUGAAUUAAAAGCGUAAAAUGUUUAAAAUAUGUAUAAAAUGUUGUUUCGAUACAAUGACAUUUGUUUGAACAAAUUAGAAUGUUACAAAUGUUUAAAUUCAAUAAAUUUGAUAUCUAAAUUGUUUAAAAAUUAUCAAAAAACAUCCAAACAUAAUUAUUGCUUUUGAAAACCAUUUGUUUUGUCGACUGCUAUGAUGUUAUCGACUCUCGUUUCUACUCACCUCUAUGAAUUUUUACAUGGUUAAGUUUACUCAGUCGUCAGUUGCAACAGGAACGGUAUCCAAACAAACGCUCCAAUAAUCAUAACCAAGGUAACGCUAGAAAAACUCUACCAGGAAACCCAUAAAUUAAUCAAUUUAAUCCAAUUUUUUCAUGAAGAAUAUCAAUCUGCUAGCCACCAAUUAUGUUUAGUAACAAAUCUUUUGAAACAAUCAGUUUUACAUCAGCUGUCACAACAGAAGCAUCUUCUACAUCUGAAAGAGUGCAAACAGAUGAGGUCAACUUUAAGGAUGUGAACGUUCAAACAUUGGAGCACAAAGAUGCUCAGACCCAGAUUAGUUCAGAUGAAAUGGAGAAACCUGCAAUAGAUUAUGAUAAGUUAGCAGCAUUUCUCAGAAGGGUCACACCAGGUGUAUUGGAGUCAUUGGAUGAGAUUUAUGACAACAAUGCGAUUGACGAGUAUGAAUCUGUAGUUCAUAAAGAUUCAGUACCACCUGUUAAGCAGCUGACCAGAUUUUCAACAAUAGAACAGUCAGAAACUAAAAGUCAGAAAAAAAUAAGUGCAUUGAAAUGGAGUAAGAAUGGAGGAACAUUUGCAGUUGCUUACAGUGCAUACAUCCAUGAAACUUGGUGUAAUCAUCAAUCACUCAUCGAAUUCUAUGAAUUUACGAGGCAUGAUAAAAUAUUAGAAAAGCCUAUUAAAAGCUAUGAGACGAAUGCAUGUGUUACGUGUUUAGCUUAUCAUCCCGUUGAACCUUCAAUAUUAGCAGCAGGACUGUACAGUGGUGAUGUUGUCUAUUGGAAUCUUAUUGAAAGUGAUAUAACUCCUGUCCAAGUUUGUACUCAUGGAGAUGUCGUCACAUCAGUAACUUGGAGACCAAAAACUAUGAGGGAACCUCCUUUAUUGAUAUCUUCUAGUUCUGAUGGUUAUAUUCUCUUUCACAGGAUGAUUGAAAAUUAUACUGAUUCAACACUCGAUAAAAGGUUUAAAAUAGUUAAGGAAUAUAAUCCAGCAGAAAACAGUCGUCCACCAAGUGCUGGAGGACGUCAAGAACGAGCAACAGAACCUGGAUUAUAUAUUACAUGCUUGGAACUUUGUUUAAAAAGUUUUGAAAAUUUUAUCGUUGGUACUUUGUGUGGAGGCUUAUAUAAAUGCAGUAUCAAUGCUACCUCACCAAUACAAGGCGAUAAAACACUUAUUGAUCCAGUAAUUUUUGAAUAUGAAAGAUGUGAUGGAAGUAUUACUUGUAUUAAAAGUUCAUUAACAUUAGAUCUAUUUGUUACGAGUAAUACUUAUAGAGAAAUACAUAUUUAUAAGUUAAAUGAGGCGUCUCAUAUUCAUAUUAUUCCAAUGGAAUACAUGAUAGUUGGAUUGAAAUGGUACAUAGAAACACAAGACUUAAUUUUAGCAUAUGGAGCUAAUUCAACUAUAAAAUUCUUUCAUGCUUCAAGUGGUAUUGUUUAUCCUGACUUAAAAAUACAAUCACAAAGCAGUGAAAUCAAUAACGUGGAUCUUAUAUUAAAAAGAGACGCAAUUGUUCUAUCUGACAUACAUAGCAAUAUAGAAGUAUGGAAAAUACCAAAGGAAGUGUGCUUAUCAGUCUAAAAACUUUAAUGCUACAAGUAUUUCAAUCACAUCAACUAAAAAGACUUAUUUUCUAUUUUCUUGGAAUAUUAUAAAAAUCAUUGAAAAUAAAAUUUGUAUAAAUAGAUAACAAAA